AUGACUCCAGCCUCGGGCACCUCUGGUGGAGUAGCGGUGAUGCGCCGGAUUAUUUUAGGCUUGGCGGCUUGGUGGCUCCUUCGACUGGUACCCAAGUUGUUGCGCAUCGGGCUAUUGCCGCUCAGGUGCCCACCCAAGCGGGACCCUUUCGUGGUCGUCAGCUACUACCUGCGCGAUUGUCAGGACUUGUCGGACCACGACAUGUUCAUUCUAUACAAGAUAGGACGUCUGGGUUGGAGUUUCCUCAGGUCCUACACCAUCGGAAGCGACUUCAAUAUGCCGCCAGCGCGCCGAGGAUAA